CACAUGACAGAGCCGAAGCCAAAAGUCGAUGUCACCAGCCAGUUGGUUGCCAUCACAUACAUUACAUCAGAAGAGCCAUCAGCUAUCCACCACACUGACAGGAUUUCUCCACUCAAUUAGUUGUUUCUAGUCUAUUCGUUUGGUUACGUUCAGAGGAACGAAGAUGCGACCAGUGUGUCUCUUGUCGUUGGUAUGGGUGCCUUUGUGGCAUGUGCUUUUCUGCGAUGCCUUUACUACCCGUCCUAUUGCUGAAUUCCAAAGAAGAAGACGACUGUUCCAUCAUCAUCAUGACAAGUCUACAAGCAUUCAUACUACAAGUAGUAGAGUUCGGUCGUCGUUGCGUCUGUUGAUGACGGCCAGUGAGGACCAAGAAGGAGAAGAGGAGGGCAGCAGCGCCAAUACUACGGAUACGGAUACUUCUAUACCAACCACUCUGGGUGCUGCUACUAGCAGCAAGCAGAAGAAGCAAUCGACCGUGGCGGCUGUGGCAUCUACCAAGGACACGUCUACCAUGUUUGGUGCGAAACCGUCCUUCAAGUUGACCAAGUCUUCUUCUUCCAGCACUAGUACUAGUAGUAGUAGUAGGGCGUCGUCUGCCACGAACAAGAAGGAAAGUCGUUGGGAUUCCUUUGAUUACUACCAACACUGGUACCCCGUGACGUGGGCAUGCGAUGUUCUGCCCGAUCGUCCCACCAAAGUGACACUGUUUGAUGUCGACUAUGUCAUUGCCUACGAUUCCACGCGCCAGCAAUGGACGGCCCUACGAGAUCAAUGUCCUCACAAAGCCGCCGCUCUGUCGGAAGGCCGCUUGACCGAAUCGGGCUUCAUUCAGUGUGCCUAUCACGGAUGGUCGUUCAAUGGAACCACGGGAGACUGUGUCCAAAUUCCACAAUCCAUUCAAGACGUCACUACUGACCCCACAGUAACAAACUUUCCAGCACGCGCUUGUGCCAAACCGAUUGCCAUUUGCGAACAUCAAUCCAUGGUCUGGUUGUGGCCGGGCACAGACAACAUGCCCACAAAGACGCCCCCCAGUGUCCCGGAAAUGGAGUUGCCCGGAUGGCGCAUUACACGGGUCGUCCGCGAUUUCCCCAUGGUCGAUUGGUCACUGCUUGUCAGUAAUAUUCUCGACCCGGAUCACGGUGCAUUUGCCCAUCAGAAUCUCAAUUUUGACUUUUACACCGCCAGUCCACAUCAUCCCCAAACCAUUACGGAGAAUUUUGAUCAAAAUGGAUGGGAACUCACGGCAUCCGUUCCGGCCGUCGACAAGUUACUGGCCGUCGAUCGCGCCAAACGACAAUUUCUAGGAAUGAAAACCAAACCACCGAAAAAGACCAAACCAGCGAGUUUUGGAAGUACACCAGAAACGCCACCGGAAGAAACACUCCAAGCCACGUCGCAUUUCAUGGCACCCACCACGGUCUCCAUGAGUCGACGCAAUGUCACGGACGGUUCCACCAAGUUUAUUACCGCCUUUUGGGUAUGUCCCGUCGGCACCGGCAAGAGUCGAUUCAUGUCUGCGGCCAUUGGACAAGUUCCCAUUCAAGUGCCACGGUGGAUAUUGCAAGUCAAUCUCAAUCGAUUCCUCGAUCAAGAUACUGUCUUGGUAGCGUCGCAACAACCACCCAUUUUGACGGCCGAAGCACAAGGCGUCGAACGACCCCGGGCAUCCCUCUUUGCCUACGGGAGUGCCACCGAUAAAACGGUACGACUCAUUGACAAUUUUUGGGAUACGACUCUCCAUAAAGCACCCAAUCGAGCCCGGACACUGCAACAAUUACACUAUGCUGGAGCACUGCAACACACACCCGCUCGGGAAAUUGUACUGGAUCGACGCACACAGCAUUUGACUAUUUGUCCCGAUUCGCAGGGACUGGUACGCAAUUGCAAACGCAUUACGCGAACCGGCUUACUAUUGACGGCCGCCUGGAUGGCACGGGUCUUGUGGUUGCGGGCCAUUCCCAAACGGACACUCCCACUCGCCGUACUGUCCACCUUGGUGGCAUGGGUGGCUCAUCAAGUACGGAAACAAUAUUAUUUUGUCAAGACAGAGGCAUCAAGGGACAAGGAUUUGAGUCAGAUCCCCGUCAAGGCGUGGGUGGAUCCGUAGUGAAUGAUGAUAAAAUGACGGCGACGACGACAAUACUACUAAGAUAUAUAAGUAGUAAGUGUGGUGGCUGUAGAAGAGUGACCAUGAUGCUACUAUUAGAGAAAUAACUACACGAAUGUUACACCGUAAU